CAACCGUUACUCAUCUGAUCCGGUCCCGCCCAAUCUCCACGGGGAGUCACCAUGACGAUGCUCCACACACCACACGCCCGCCUCGCCGCGACCACUCCCACCGAUACCCGGUCGCCACCAUGGCCGCACUCCUCCCCUCCUCUUUCCCCUUCCCCCACGCCUCCUUCCCCAACGCAAAGCCCCACCAACUCGCCACCCCCGCCGCCACGAGGCCCGAGUCACCCAACGCGGCCCCGGCGCCCAACCCCGCCAGCGCCCGCCUCCGCCGCCUCAUCGCCCGCGAGGACCUCGCCGGGGCUGCGCGCCUAGUCGAGCGCUCCGCCUCCCGCGAUGGCGAGGCCCCCGACGUGUACCUCUGCACCAAGCUCAUCCGAAAUCUCUGCCGCCGGGGCCGCACCUCCGACGCCGCGCGCGUGCUCCGCGCCGCCGAGGGCUCAGGCUCGCUCGUCGACGUCUUCGCCUACAACACCCUCGUCGCGGGGUACUGCCGCUACGGCCACCUCGACGCCGCGCGCAGGCUCAUCGCGUCCAUGCCCGUCGCACCCGACGCGUACACGUACACGCCCCUGAUCCGCUGCCUCUGCGACCGCGGCAGGGUCGCCGACGCGCUCAGCCUGCUCGAUGAUAUGCUCCGACGCGGGUGCCAGCCCAGCGUCGUCACCUACACCGUGCUCCUCGAGGCGUUGUGCAAGAACAGCGGAUUCGGGCAGGCCAUGGCGGUCCUGGAUGAGAUGCGUGCCAAGGGAUGCAUGCCCAACAUUGUCACCUACAAUGUCAUCAUCAAUGGCAUGUGCAGGGAAGGACGUGUUGAUGACGCCAGGGAGCUCUUGAACAUGUUGUCCUCUUACGGAUUCCAGCCCGACACUGUCAGCUACACCACCGUGCUGAAGGGCUUGUGCGCUGCUAAGCGGUGGGACGACGUUGAGGAGCUCUUUGCUGAGAUGAUGGAGAGGAACUGCAUGCCGAACGAGGUGACUUUUGACAUGCUAAUCAGAUUCUUUUGUCGAGGAGGUAUGGUGGAGCGAGCGAUUCAAGUUCUAAAACAAAUGGCAGAGCAUGGAUGCACAGCCAACACUACCUUGUGCAAUAUUGUCAUUAACUCUAUUUGCAAACAAGGGCGGGUUGACGAUGCCUUUAAGUUCUUAAAUAACAUGGGUUCCUACGGGUGCAAUCCAGAUACCAUUAGCUAUACUACAGUGCUUAAGGGCUUGUGUCGCGCCGAACGAUGGGAUGAUGCCAAAGACCUUCUAAAAGAGAUGGUCCGGAAGAAUUGCCCCCCAAACGAGGUGACAUUCAAUACGUUUAUCUGCAUCUUGUGCCAAAAGGGGUUGAUCGAGCAAGCUAUUAUGCUUAUUGAGCAAAUGUCAGAGCACGGAUGUACGGUGGGUGUUGUCACAUACAAUGCUCUUGUUAAUGGAUUCUGUGUGCAAGGUCAUAUUGACAGUGCCCUAGAAUUGUUUCGCAGCAUGCCCUGCAAACCCAAUACCAUCACAUAUACUACUUUGCUGACAGGCUUGUGCAACACCGAACGGUUAGAUGCUGCUGCAGAGCUCAUAGCUGAGAUGCUUUGUAGAGAUUGCCCUCCAAAUGCAGUGACUUUCAAUGUACUCGUGAGUUUCUUCUGUCAAAAAGGAUUUCUUGAGGAAGCAAUUGAACUCGUUGAGCAAAUGAUGGAACAUGGUUGCACCCCUAACCUGAUUACAUAUAAUACACUACUCGAUGGGAUUACCAAGGAUUGCAGUUCAGAAGAUGCUCUGGAGUUGUUGCAAGGCUUGGUCAGCAAGGGAGUAUCGCCAGAUGUAAUUACAUUCUCUUCAAUCAUUGGUGUCCUCUCAAAAGAAGAUAGAGUUGAGGACGCUAUUCAAAUGUUUCACGUAAUGCAAGAUAUUGGAAUGAGACCCAAAGCUGUGGUGUAUAACAAGAUACUACUUGGGCUAUGUAAAAGAUGUGAAAUAGAUAAUGCUAUCGACUUUUUUGCCUAUAUGGUAUCUAACGGAUGCAUGCCCAAUGAAUCAACCUACAUUAUACUUAUUGAAGGCCUUGCUCAUGGGGGUUUGUUGAAGGAGGCCCAAGAUCUACUGAAUGAGUUGUGUUCAAGAGGAGUUGUAAGCAAGAACUUAAUAGAAGAAUGGCAUUAAGGUUGAAGAUCAAACUGUGCAUAUCCUUUGAGUCAUGAUGAACUGCGGAUUGAUGGCUGCCGUCUGUGUUUCAAGCUGCAGUGCUUCAUGUAGAUGGUUGUCUGAAGGCCCAUAACUUCGUACAGAGGAACCGUGACAAUAUGAGUUUCUGCUUAGAUGUAUUUAUCAUACUUUCACCCUGGGGAAUUUCCAAUUUUAGCUUGCUCUUAUACCAAAAAAAAAAAGGCAUACUGUCAUGUAUUGCCAAAAGCAUUCUAUAUUUGAAUUGUCUUAGACUGUAGAAAUCUCACUAACAACAAUAAUCUUGUUUAGGAAUGUUACUUAGAAGUGCCAAGACGAGACCAAGAGAUGAAUCUGGAGUAAAGCACAAGCAAAAUAAGUUCGGUGCUCAUAGAUUUAUACUUUUGCAGUAAAGAAUGCAAUCCACUUUUUUUGACUUGACACUUUAGAGUUUUCAACUAACGCAUUGACUUGUUAAGCUGUAAUGCAUCAUGCUUACAAUGCUUUUGGUCUUUUCUUUCAUCAGCUAUGGUAUGUGUACCGCUGCUUUUCCCUCCAGGCCUGUGUGAGACAGUAGCUUUUAUUUUUAUUUCAUUCUGUUGUUCAAGAGUGCAGACGACAACAUCCCUCACUGAAUAAUGGUUUUACCCAGGUUUCUGUCACUUAAAAUUGGCUUGUCAAAGAAUUAUUAGAAUAUAAUGUUAUCUGGAUGCCCUUUUUUAACUUUGAACAGGUUGGAGUGCUCUUACCAUCUUCAUCACCGAGAAUUCGUAUGCUGUAAGCUUUUUAGCUUCCUUUUUGGUAGCUGUAGGUUUAUGGCGUUAUUUUUUACUGGCCUCCUGGAACCUUAGAAUCUAGCGCACAUGCUUUGUCCUCGAAGAGUCAAGUCUGGUAUCAGAUUCUAACGUUAUUCUUUGUUUCAAGAGGUGAUCGUUGCCUAUGAUGGAGACGUGAGAAACUAAUCAACAAUUCAAGAUGCAACAGACCCAAGCAAGUGGUGGAGGAGAUCAGGGACCUAUUCUGGAGGUAGAGAGAGACGUCACAUGUGUCGAUGGUCUAUCUUCAGAAAAGUUGGGUUCUAUCCUAGGUGCACACCAGCUUUGACAGGUAGAGGGAGACAUGGAUGUCAACGGAGUAAUCUUCGGAGAAGCUGGGUUCUAUUCUAGACGCACACUAGCUUUGACAUGUAGAGGGAGACAUGGAUGUCAACGGAGUAAUCUUCGGAGAAGCUGGGUUCUAUUCUAGAUGCACGCCAGCUUUAAAGAAGUUCAGUUUCAGCACUGUCCCAUGAAGAGUAACGAAGUGGCGCAUGAUUUGGACAAGCAUGUCACGGCUCUGAAGAUAGGUGAAAUGAGUGUCUGGAAUGCUGUAUCCAGGGUUUGUACAGAACGUGGUGGUUAGAGAUUUGUCUAGCACCAGGGUAACGAACAUUCACAAAAGAGUCAAUCUAUAACAUAUUACUUCCUCCGUUCUAAA